AUGGUUGAUGUAGGGUUGGUUAGCAGCCAAGACAAGGCCAUUCCUGGCCCAUCCGCACUACUAGUUACUGCAACUGGGACCGCAAGACCUCUCGCACCUCUCGAGCUCAUAGGGGGGCAAUACCUAGGAGUCCCCACGUCACCAAAAAGCUACAGGUUUAGUGGCGGGGGGCUGGCUGCACCCUCACAUCGGUAUGGGAAGUCUCGUGAUGAGAUCGAGGAGAAUUCAGAGGAGGCCGAGGAGGAUGCGGAAGGGGGGGGGGGAAGUCCAUCCGAUAGCAAUGACAAGGAUUAUGAUCCGAAGAAACAUGGGGAUUGCGCGGGGUUGAGGGAUGACAACGAGGAGGAGGAGGAGGAGGAGGAGAAGGGUGAGGAGGAGGAGGAGGAGGAGGAGGAGGAGGAGGAGGAGGAGGAGGAGGAGGAGGAGGAGGAGGAGGAGGAGGAGGAGGAGGAGGAGGAGGAGGAGGAGGAGGAGGAGGAGGAGGAGGAGGAGGAGGAGGAGGAGGAGGAGGAGGAGGAGGAGGAGGAGGAGGAGGAGGAGGAGGAGGAGGAGGAGGAGGAGGAGGAGGAGGAGGAGGAGGAGGAGGAGGAGGAGGAGGAGGAGGAGGAGGAGGAGGAGGAGGAGGAGGAGGAGGAGGAGGAGGAGGAGGAGGAGGAGGAGGAGGAGGAGGAGGAGGAGGAGGAGGAGGAGGAGGAGGAGGAGGAGGAGGAGGAGGAGGAGGAGGAGGAGGAGGAGGAGGAGGAGGAGGAGGAGGAGGAGGAGGAGGAGGAGGAGGAGGAGGGAGGAGGGGGAGGGAGGGGUGGUGAGGAGGCUGAGGAGGAGGAGGAGGAGGAGGAGGAGGUGUCCCACCCGGGGAAGGCUAAGGGAAAGGCCAAGGGGAAGGCCAAGGGGAAGGCCAAGGGGAAAGCCAAGGGGAAGGCCAAGGGGAAGGCCAAGGGGAAGGCCAAGGGGAAUGCCAAGGGGAAGGCCAAAGGCAAGGGGAACGGGAAGAAGAAGGGCAAUGUGGCGCACGACACCGUUGUCCUUGCUGACUUGGCGCUCGAGGCAGCGAUUGCAGAGCUGGCCUCUACAACCUGUGCCGUGUCGUACAGCACCGACAUGUGGACAGGCCCGAACGGCAAGGCCUACAUGGUCCUGACAGGUCACUUCGUGUCAGUGCAGUGGGAGUUGCGGCAGGUGAUUCUUGCUUUCGUCGAGAUGCCUGGCAGGCAUGGGGGGAAGGAAAUUGCGAAGGCGGUGGAGAAGGUGGUGGUGCAGUGGAAGUUGCAGACGCGUUGCCUCGGUCUCACGACUGACAAUGCGUCUGCAAACGUAGUUGCUCUUCGGCACCUGGCGGAGGAGGGUGAAUUCUCGGGGUACUUCAGCGAGAAGGCGCACUACAGAGUCUCCACGGCCGCCGAGGGGUCGACCUACCCCACUGUGUCGAUGGUGCUGCCGUACUUCUACGCCCUCAUCGUCAGCCUGGAGAAGAAGCUGCACACUGGGACACAUGAACUAGUUCGUCCACUCAUGUAUGCCGCGCUGGGGCACCUGAAGAAGUACGAGUUUGCCAUUGGGGAUGAGUACUGGAUCGCGACCUUCUUGGAUCCGUCCAUGAAGGCCGAGUACUUCAGGAUGACACACUGGGAGCUGAUGCAUCCAGGCAUAGUGGCACGUGACGGUAAGCGGCUUAAGCCACGUAUGAGUGCGGACAGGGUGGUGAGCUUGGUGCGCCGCCGAGUGGAGGAGUACCAGGCUCGAGCAGCACGUGAAGCUCCCACCCCACCACCAGCACCAGCAGCAGCAGCGGUGACACCGUUCGAGGACGACGACGACGAGUUUGUGUUCUCUAGGGCACAGCUGCAUAAGCGUGUUUCAGCUAGUGCAGCAGCUAGAGCAGGGGGAGGGGGGACGUCGGUGGGGGAUGAGGUGGAUCGGUACUUAGCGGAGCUGCCUGUCUUGGACGUGCCAGCGCUGCAGUACUGGCAGCGUGCGAGGAACAUGGACACGUUGAGGCAGUUGGCACGGGAUUACCUCGCUAUCCCCGCCACCUCUGCAGCUAGCGAGCGAGCUUUCUCCAUGGGGAGGAACCUCAUCUCCUUGCACAGGCACAGGCUGAACACUGAGCAUGUUAGCGCGAGCAUGACUCUCAGGUCAUGGUACACGUCACACCCUAGGAAGAGUAUUGGUGAGGAACCCGGCUGCAGCGGAGAGCAGGCACCACCAGAGUUGGCGCUAGAGGGAGAGGGGCUAGAUGAGGGGGAUGAGGAGGAGGCUGUUGCUAUGGGGGGAGGAACCGGGGGUGCAACAGGCACUGGCAGCGUCGGCGCGGGCGAGGCAGGCGAGGGCGCGACAGGCACGGCAACGGUAGGUGCGGGCACGGGCGCAGCACGCGCGAGUGGCGGCGAUGCAGGCACAGCAAAUGUGGGCGCAGCGGGCGCGUCAGCGGCAAGCGCGAGUGCGGCGGCGGUAGGUGCGGGCGCAAGUGCAAGGGUGGGCGCCACUGGUGCGGGCGCGUAA